AUGAGAACAAGGAGUGCACGAAAAAGAUCCAUACCUGGGACGCAAAGUGACGAUAAUAUGGGCCUUCGUAAUACACCUUCUAUUGAUGAAAUAUGGGGUGACAUGGAAGUUGGCCUUAAAGAAGUUUAUGCUCGGCAAACUAUGGUCCCUGCCCGUUACAUGCAGCUAUACAGUCGUGUGUAUACGUAUUGUACAUGUGUAGCAUAUAACGGUGAAUCACAGAGGAGUGGUCGUGGUCGUCAGACUCGUAUUGCACGUACUGGUCCUAAUUCGAUCGGUGCCGAGUUUGUUGGUUUAGACUUGUAUAAUCAUUUAAAGGAAUUUUUCCAAAACUAUGUGGAAGGUGUUUACCAGAGAGGACAUGAUUUAAUUGGUGAAGACGUUUUAAAUUACUUUACAUCAGAAUGGGACUCAUACCGAUUCAGUUCCAAAGUAGUAGGGGGCAUAUUCAGUUAUUUGAAUCGUCAUUGGAUUAAGCGAGAAUUAGAUGAGGGAAACGAAAAUAUCUAUGAAAUUUAUGUUUUAGCAAUUGUGACGUGGAAAGAACACUUAUUCAUUCAUAUGCGUGACAGUGUGACUAGCGCGGUAUUGAAGCUAAUCGAACGUGAAAGAAAUGGUGAAAAAAUUAGUACAAAACUAAUAAGUGGAGUUAUCCAGUGCUACGUGGAACUGGGUGUCAAUGAAAAUGAUUCAAAUAUUGGUUCUGUAAUGAGUACAUCAGUUGCCCAUGUGGAUCGUUUACCAAAAUUACGAGUUUAUCGUGAUCAUUUUGAAAAACGCUUUAUUAUUGAAACGGAAACAUAUUUCGCAAAUGAAGCUGCUGAGUUUAUCGCCACAAAUUCUGUUACUGAUUAUAUGAAGAAGGUGGAAAAUCGAUUGAAGGAGGAAAAAGAGCGUUGUAACUUGUACCUUCACGAAUCAACACAAGAUUUGUUGGCAAAAACUCUUGAAAAAGUCCUAAUCACCAAGCAGUUGGAUCUGUUCCAGUGUGAGUUUGGAAAUCUGCUGGAGUGCAACAAGGAUUCUGAUCUCGAACGUAUGUACAUGCUUUGUGAUCGAGUAGAAAAUGGCUUGGAUGAGCUUCGUUUGGCUCUUGAAAAACAUAUUUCUCGUCAAGGAGAAGCUGCACUAGAAAAAAUAGCAGAUAUAGCAGCUAAUGAUCCAAAGCACUAUGUUUCUACCAUUCUAGAAGUCCAUAAACGUUAUCAUGGAUUGGUAACUUGUUCUUUUAAGAAUGAACCUGGUUUUGUGCAAGCAUUGGAUAAAGCGUGUACAUCAUUCAUCAAUCGUAAUAGUAUUACAAGGAAAGCAAAUAAUACAUCAAAGAGUCCGGAGCUUCUUGCCAGAUAUUGUGAUCUCCUACUGAAAAAGAGUGCCAAAAACCCGGAAGAGAGCGAGCUAGAAGAACUUCUCAAUCAAAUCAUGAUUGUUUUUAAAUAUAUCGAAGACAAAGAUGUAUUUCAAAAGUUUUAUACAAAAAUGUUGGCGAAACGUCUCGUCAAUGAAUUAAGUGCAAGUGAUGAAGCAGAAAGCAACAUGAUAUCAAAACUGAAACAAAUGUGUGGCUUUGAAUAUACUAGCAAGCUUCAACGAAUGUUUACCGAUACAAGCCUUAGCAAAGAUAUAACAGAAAAAUAUAAACAGCAUAUUGCGGCAAAAAAUAUAAAUCUUGGAUUGGAUUUCUCAGUCAUGGUUCUGGGAUCAGGUGCAUGGCCUUUUAAUCAGUCGCCUACAUUUGAUAUUCCGGUGCAAUUCACGAGAUGUAUGGAAUCAUUCAAUGAGUUUUAUCAAACACAACAUACGGGUCGGAAACUAACGUGGCUACUGGCGCAAUGUCGUGGCGAGCUUUCAACUUACGGUUUUCAACGAAAAUACACUUUCACUGCUACGACAGCUCAGAUGGCUGUGCUUCUGCUGUUUAACGAAAACACGGAAUUAACCUUACAGCAUAUUUGUGACUGUAUCAAGCUUAAACUGGAAAUUGUUGCACAGAUCACGCAAUCUCUCAUCAAGGUGGAUCUCUUAUCGAUUGUGGGAUCAAAAGCAGAUGUUGAUAUAAAUACUCCUCUCUCAACAGUUUUAAGGCUUAAUUCUGAUUUUUCAAACAAAAAAUUGAAAGUUGAUCUGUCGAAAACCAUGGGUCGUACUGAGGUACGACAAGAAACGGUAGAGGUGCAUAAGUCUGUAGAAGAUGAUCGAAGAUUAGUUGUUCAGGCAAGUUUUUUAUCGAUUUAUUACGGUUGCAAUAAAAUGGGAACAGGCAUGUUUCUGUUUUUAAAAUUUCUGUCAUUUCAGGCAGCUAUUGUUCGUAUAAUGAAAAUGAGGAAACGAAUGAAGCACACUCAACUGAUUACUGAGGCAAUAACCCUAAAAAUUAUAAUAGUUCUUGCGCAACUAGCAUUACGUUUUAAGCCGAAAGUGCCAAUGAUUAAGAAGUGUAUUGAUAUUCUGAUCGAGAAAGAGUAUUUGCAAAGGGUCGAAAAUGAGAAGGAUCUCUAUGAAUACCGUGCAUGA